AUGUCCGGUCCCACAAAAUCAGAUGUUAUAAAUUAUAUUAAGUCUAUGAAAAUUGAAAUCAAGUCAUUGUCAGCACGAAUAAAUUAUCUUACACGUUAUGUAGUACAACAGAGGCACCAGCUAAGUUCUGCAUUGAAAAAGAUUGCAUCUCUGGAACAGUCUUCCAAACAUUCGUUGAAUCGAUCAAUAGGUGUAUCUCAUUCACCUCAAUCUAAACGUUCUGUAGGAUGUCAGAUUUUUCCAGGAACAAACCCUCUUGUUUCUGUAUCCCCUGAUGUGAAUGAAGUAUCUUCAAAUAGUGAAUCGUUUGAAGACUUGCAUAAAUCUCUUCAACCACCCGAUAGUAUAAACUUACCAAUAUGUUGUAAUAAACCUCAAAAGCGGUCAAGCCCACUGGCUCAAUCACCUUCAUCCUCAAAUGAAUCUGUAGUUUUGCCGAAAAAGAAAAAGAGACGUUCUUUAAUUAUUCCAGCUCAACUUCGCAAAAUAAAGAAAAUUACUCAAUCCCCACAUUCAUGUCCAAAGACUCCUGAACAAAAUAUCAAUUCUCCUAAAAAGCGACAUCGACGAAGAUCACUAAGGCAUUUAGUGAAAUAA